AUGAUGCGUGGUGUUGUCUUUGCAUCGCUACUCGCUUUUGCCAAAGCGUCAGGAGAGUCCAGCUGCAAAUGUUUCCCCGGAGACGAUUGCUGGCCGGCUGAAGAUGAGUGGAAGAGUCUGAACACUACGGUUGGCGGUCGCUUGGUGGCGACUAUCCCUCUGGGCAGUCCUUGCCAUGACCCGAAAUAUGAUGCUGAGGAGUGCAAGCGCUUGCAGAGCGAAUGGCUUUACUCUUCUGUCCACUCUCAAUCUUCUUCGUCGAUGAUGGCACCGAUCUUUGCCAACCAAAGCUGCGAUCCCUUCCAGCCCAGAGAGAAGCCGUGUACCCUUGGCAAUUACGUCAGAUACGCUGUGAACGCGACAUCCUCCGACGACAUCAUCGCUGCAUUGGAGUUCGCCAAAGAGAAGAACGUGCGUUUCGUCAUCCGAAAUACGGGCCAUGACUACCUCGGUCGUUCAACUGGUGCCGGAGCGCUCUCGGUUUGGACUCAUUACCUGAAGAGCACAGAGGUCAUCGACUGGAAGGAUAAGCACUACCAGGGUAAGGCACUCAAGGUCGGUGCAGGAGUCCAGGGUUUCGAGGCUCUUGGCGCUGCCCAUGCUGAGGAUCUCGUCGUCGUGAGUGGAGAAUGUCCUUCUGUCGGUCUCGUAGGAGGUUAUAGUCAAGGAGGUGGACACUCCGCCUUGAGCACAAACUUCGGUCUGGCAGCUGAUAACACCCUCGAGUUCGAGGUUGUCACCGCCGAUGGUAAGCUUGUCAAGGCAAACAAGAGCAAGAACAGUGACUUGUACUGGGCUUUGAGUGGCGCGGGCUCUGGAAACUACGGAGUCGUUGUUUCAGCUACUGUACGAGCUCAUCCAGAAGCCAAGGUUAGCGGCGGCAGCUUUCUUAUCACAGCGCCCGAAGGUCACCCCGAUAUGAUCUACCAGGCGAUCGAUGCUUUCCACGACGCUCUUCUCAAGAUCGUUGACUCGGGUGUUAUGAUCAUCUACUUCUUCUCGAACUCAUUCCUGCAGAUCCCUGCCAUUACCGCUUACAACAAGACCGAGGCAGAGGUCAAGAAGAUCCUCCAACCUCUUGCCGAAUCAUUGACUACGCUUGGCUUCAAGUUCGAGCCAACCUUCACCAAUUUCCCAAGUUACUACGAGCAUUAUGACCACUACUGGGGUCCCCUUCCCGCAGGAAAUAUCCAAAUCGGAACGCAGAUCUUUGGAGGCCGUCUACUGCCCCGCGACAAGGUCAAGGACUUUGCACCUACUGCACGAAAGAUUGCUGAGAUGGGAGUCAUCUACAUCGGUGUCGGUCUCAAUGUAUCCAAAUUCAGCCCUAACAGCGCCAACGCCGUCUUACCACAGUGGCGAAAGUCUCUCGUCCAGGUAUCCCUCACUCUGCCGUGGGAUAACGAAGCUCCUUGGGAAGAGAUGCUGGCUGCCCAAAAGAAGAUGACCGAGGAGAUUCAACCUGUCAUUGAAGCUGCGACACCAGGUGCCGGAGCUUAUAUCAACGAGGCAGACUUCCAGCAGCAAAACUGGCAAGAGACUUUCUAUGGUUCUAACUAUAAGAAAUUACUGAAGAUCAAGAAGAAGUAUGAUCCUGAGCAUUUGUUUUAUGCUACGGUAGCGGUUGGAAGUGAGGCUUGGUCCGUGGCUACGGAUGGGCGCAUGUGUAAGGUUGAAGCAUGA